GCUCUCCUCUCCGGCAUCUGCCUGCCUGUCUAUGAUUCUCACAGUUAGAAUGGAAUGACUUGAGAGUUUCAGCAGUGUUAUGUGUCAGCCCACAGAGGUUGUCAGUGGAAGUCUGUGCUCCUCCCUUUUAUACAGACACCUCAACCAGAAAAGAAAGUAAAAGUCCUGAAGCAACAGCAGGGGCAGUCUGAAGUCUUUUCUCUUUUUAAAAAACUGUAGUCCCUUCAUCAACUGAGCAGGAAGGAUAUCACUGAAAGUUAAAGGGUUCCUGAAAGGGCAAUGGUCCCAGCAACUGUAGAAGGUUCCCUGGAGAACAGCUCACUGUCUGAGCUCAAUGUGGACUAAAUACAAGCUAUGUUUCUUUGAUUCACCUCUGCGCAAUCAUUAAACUUCAGUCUUUGACAGAUAAGGAAGCAAAUCAGAAGCUGUGAAGCAUAGUGAGGAAGGGAAGAUUUAUCAGCAAGUCCAUCGUAAGUUGGACCCAAGCAAGAUGUCAUUUGUUUCAAGCUGGUGCUUGAGAACAGGAAGAAACUAUUGACAGUGAACAUGUCUGUUGAAUUUUGAAGCACACAUUUGAAACUCAGCAGAAGAGUCUAAGCCCCCCCAAAAGCAUCACUUGACACUUGAAUGUCUCUUCGUUGAUGUGAUGCAGCUCAGAUGCUAUGAGUGGCCUGUCUCUAGGCCAAAUAGCCAAAGCGUAAGAAUGGUAACUGAUGCCUUGGCUGCAGAGAACUUUGCAUCAGCUUCCUGAGUGAAGACAGCAACGCUGACAGAUGACGAGAUCGUCUGACUAUUGUCGCCUUGACUGAUUUGGUAAUAGCAGCUGCAGUUUGACUGCUCAUUAUAAUUGAAAGCCUCAAAAGCUUUGUAAGAGCCAACCACUUAGAACCUGCAUCUGUAGUUACAACCUGAUUUGUUCUCAAAAAAGACUUCAAAAGGAUAUUCAGGUACUGACUGAGAAUGACACAGCUGGAAGCCUCAGUGCCAUCAAUUUAACGUUUCAGCAAAACUGCAGCCUGAGAUUAUUAGUCAUAUUGUGAUAAGCAGUGGGAGGAAAAUUUCCCCAGUUGUUCUGUGUGAUGGCAGCAACGUACAAGCUCGUUGUUAGUACUGUGAACUGUUAUAACAGUAUCAUAAUAGAUCAACGUCUCCAGCAUACUGUACACUACUGUAAUGGCUCCUGCCAAGCCUUCCUGAAUGCUGCUGGAAUCAACUGCAAUGUGGUCCAUCAUGCCACCUGUUCAGAGCUGUUGACUCCUACAGUCCAGCCUUCAUCUAGCCUACGAUUUGCAGGUGCUCAGGACCUGACCCACAGGUUUUCAAGUGCUGAAAGCACGGCCACUCCUGCCGAAGCCACUGCAGACAGUCAGCAGCUCCUGCCUGGAAUUAGCAGGGCCAAAAAGGGAAUGACCACACAGUGUUUAUCAAGUCUCAAAGACAUCACUGGUGAUACCAUAAACCUGGCAAGUGGAAAAAUUAAAGAGUUUGCAUUUGAAAAGGUGAAAUGUCCCACAAGUCAUGUGACCUUCAGGAAAGGAAGGAAAGUAAAACCAGAUAUGGCCAGCAGAAAAUCUACAGACUUUGAUGUAACUUACAACCAUAUUGGCAGCAAUGAGAAUUGCCCUCCAUUUAGUUUUGCACAGAAAAUGACUAUUGAGGAAAAAGAGGCAAGUCUUAAUACAUUGCACAAACAAAAUAUCAGCAAUGCCACACAGUUGUACUUCCAAAAUCUCUCAGAAAAUAACAUAAUUGCUAAAAUUUUAGAAAGACACAAACCGGACAGUUCUGACUCAGGAGAGGAUAUAAGGGUUUGCUUGGAUAUUCUGCUGAAGUGCUCGGAAGACCUGAAAAAAUGCACAGAGAUUAUUAAGCAAUGCAUUAAGAGCAAGUCCCUUAACAAUGAUAACAGUAAUGCCAGCAACAAUCCUGACCUAAUCUACAGAGAUGUAAUGGCAAGACUUUCCAGCUACCUGAAGAAGUUGCCUUUUGAACUUGAGCAUGGGUUAUCUGGACGAGAUAAUCAGCAUGAUUUUGCUGAGCUGGUUAACACCCUGAAUAGUUUGCAGCAAAUACCAUACCUUCCAUUUGGGAAUGAUCAACCACCGCGAUACGAGGAUGUUGUCCAGUCUUCAUCCCUAUCUACCAAUCUACCUCUUUCUCCAGUAGUCCAUGGAGCCACCAAUUGUAACAUGAAACCUGUUGAAAAUGUCUAUAGGCCUUCAUCUAAUGGUAAUCUUCAAAACAAUGGUACCCAGCAAAAAAACUCAACUGCUGUAAAUCAAACUCAUGUUCUACCUCACGUAAUUCCACUAAAUCACACUGAUAGCUGUUCCACUCAAGGUUCGUUUCUGCCCAGAAACAGUGGCAAUGUUCCUAAGUUAUCCAUGGAACCUCUUUAUAUUCAGGAGGAUUGUGAUGUUGUCAAAGUAUUGGUCCAAGAAUCAAGAGGGAAAGACUAUUUCAAUAUCGGAGUGUCUGAAAGUCUUGAGCCUCAACAGCAGGUCCCUCCUGCAGACGCUUGUAGACGACCGGGAGAUGCAGGGUUUGCAGUUAGAGAUAAUACGGGAGAAAGUAAAUCCUGUGUCCGCGUAGCCUCUGACUUUCCCAAGUGUUCCAAUAAGGUAAAUAGAACCCCUGAAGUUAUUGAACCCUCCAAAGCGAAAACAGAAAAUGAUAAAUUAAUCCAACAAGAAGAUAUUGAAAAGUUACUGAUGGAUUUGGAAUCAUUUUCUCAAACAAUAGAAACCAGGCAGAAAUGUGAUUCUUCUCAGAACAAUAACAUUGACUUGAAAGAUUAUAGUCAGCAAUCAGAACAAUUCAAUUUUUUGACCACUGAGUCCGGAAAUAAACACAGAGAAGAGUCACAGAAUGACACUGCACUAUUAUCUUCUCCCACAAAAGGAACCAAUGUAAAUACAAAUAAUAAAAGUGAAGCAGAUGAUGCUGCCCUGCUCUUGCGUAUCCUGGAAAGUAUAGAAGGUUUCGCUCAGGAGCUGGUAGAUCGUGGGAGUAGUAAAGGUAUUUUGGCAAGAGAAAAAGAAGUAAUGCAGAUACUCCAAGAUACAUUAUCACAAGCUUCAGAAUCUUGCAAAAAGCACCCUCAACACUCAACACAGCCACUUGCAGCUAAAGACACAAGCUCAUACCUAUCAGUUCAACAAACACCAGAGGUGAUCAAGGUCCAAAGUAAUAAAGAAAAGAAACCUGGAACACCUCCUGCUACUGUAACAAACGUGACACCCAGUCCUCAACCUUCAAGCAAAGUUGUUGUCAGCACUCCAGCAUCAGUAAACAUUCCACGUUUCUACUUCCCUAAGGGACUUCCAAGUGCUAACAGUAAUCACGAAGAGACCAUUGCCAAGAUUGAAGCAGCCUUUGCUGAGUUAGAGGAUGAAAAAUGCGACAUUUAUGAGAUGGGAAAAAUUGCAAAGGCAUGUGGAUGUCCUUUAUACUGGAAGGCCCCCAUGUUCAUUUCUGCUGGUGGAGAACGAACGGGAUUUGUCUCUGUGCACCCAUUUAUAGCCAUAUGGAGAAAAGUACUACAGAGCUGUCACGAUGAUGCAUCUAAGUUUGUUUAUCUUCUUGCCAAACCAGGCUGUGACUACCUAGAACAGGAAGACUUCAUCCCACUUCUACAGGAUAUUGUGGAUACGCAUCCAGGACUAACGUUUUUGAAGGAUGCACCUGAAUUCCAUUCAAGAUACAUUACCACGGUGAUACAGAGAAUAUUCUACACAGUCAACAGAUCCUGGUCCGGCAAGAUAACUCUGACAGAACUAAGGAAGAGCAACUUCCUACAAACUCUUGCCCUCCUAGAGGAAGAGGAUGACAUAAACCAAAUUACAGACUACUUCUCUUAUGAGCAUUUCUAUGUUAUUUACUGUAAAUUCUGGGAACUAGACACUGACCAUGACCUCUUUGUUGACCAAAAGGAUUUGGCCAGACACAAUGACCAUGCCAUCUCUAAUAGAAUUAUUGAAAGGAUAUUCUCUGGAGCAGUCACAAGGGGAAACUGUGUUCAGAGAGAAGGUCGAAUGAGCUAUGCUGAUUUUGUAUGGUUUCUGCUUUCAGAAGAAGAUAAGAAGAAUCCUACAAGCAUGGAAUACUGGUUUCGGGCCAUGGAUAUUGAUGGGGAUGGGGUGCUCUCCAUGUAUGAACUAGAAUACUUCUAUGAAGAACAAUGUGAACGGAUGGAGGGAAUGGGCAUCGAGCCAUUGCCAUUCCAUGAUCUCCUCUGUCAGAUGCUGGAUCUAGUAAAACCAGAAUGUGAAGGUAAAAUAACCAUGAGAGAUCUAAAGAGGUGCCGAAUGGCCCACAUUUUUUAUGACACCUGUUUCAACUUAGAGAAGUAUCUGGACCAUGAACAGAGAGAUCCAUUUGCUGUGCAGAAGGACAUUGACAGUGAUGGUCCGGAACCUUCAGACUGGGACAAAUACGCAGCUGAAGAAUAUGAAAUUUUAGUUGCUGAGGAAUCGGCCAAUGAACAGUUACAGGAAGGCUCAUUUGAAGAAGAUUAUGAAUCAGACGAACUGUCCACUGCCCCAGAACUCAACAACAAGAUAGAUAAGCUUGUCAUUUCCGACCUUCCAACAUAAAUCGAGGCAUGCUUAGCUGCUGGACAGUCAGGGUGACCAGUUGGGUGUGUAGUGUAAAGAAAUUGUUUAUAGUUUUUGUUGGUUUAUCUGUUUGUUGAAGAGAAUAUGCUAGAUUUUAUAUCAGAACAAAGUACAUGCUUACUGUGUGCAAUGGACUUUAUUCAAAAUGAAAAAAAUAUUUUCUGUGCAAUAUGUCUUAAAAUGCAGUGUUAUAUGUGGAUUUUAUUAGCUAUCAUCGCUGCAUUUGACAGUGUUUAGUUAUGGUUGUUCUUUGUUUCUCCUUUUUCAACCCUCUUUUUCAUAUUUCAGGAUUGCCAUCUUUGCAGGACAAGUCACCCUUUAAUCUGUCCCUUAUUAAGAAUUUCCUUCCUCUUAUUAGUAUUCUCGAGAUCUGAUUAUCAUUUGCUCUCAUUGACAGCAGGCAGUAAUUGUUGAAUAUGUAGGUUAUCUGCACAGAUUGGCAAUACUACUAUAAACUCAAUGUAGACUUUUUAUGUAGAAGAUCAUCCCAGAUGCUUUCACUGGAAUAACAUUUGAUAAAAUGCAUUGUAUCCCAUAGAAUCAAACUGGCAUCAGCUAUAAGAUAAUAAACUUAAAGGAGAAGCCUGCUUUCAAUUUCCCUUUCAAAUGUUUACAAGUUUAUUGGAGCUUCAACAAAGUCAGAAUUGCUGUUGUCUUGCAAGAACUACACCGUCAUGGUAACCAGUACAAAACGACUUGUACAGCCUUGCAGUUAGUUCUGAUCUGUUUUUCAAGUAAUCACUGAGCCUUUAUCAUGGUCCCUGUUCUGGCUUCUUCUGAUAUCCAUUAAUAUUCGCGUACUAUUGAGCCAUGGAGUUUAAAAAUUCAUUGCACUCCAAUUUCUGAUACUGUGAUGGUCCAUUCAUUCAAAGGUGGUUCCAUGCGGUUUUGAAUGCAGAUUAAAGAUUCAAUGUCCAAGGAGUUUCUUUCUUCAAACCAUGCAAUAAUCAUUUUAUAGCCAAGCUGGUGCCUCCUAUUUCUGAAUAUUAACAGCAGUUUGUAAAGAAAGCAGAUGCUAAUAAGAAAUAGUUAACAGGGUGAAGAGUAUGGAAAUUUUGAGUCAAUUAAACACAGAGCAUAUGUUUUUUGACGUAACCUACUUUUAUUUUGAUUUUUUAUGUUGUGUACCAAGCUUCUUUCCAGACUUAAUUGAAAUGUUGCAUGUCUAGUCAUUUCUAUUUCACUCAUCCAGUUUUUACUUGUAUGUGACAUAUUCCCCACCUAUUUCAAUUCACUCAAUGCUAAGCUGUCUGAAUUUGCAAUUUUAAUGCACUCCAGUUGUCUCUGCUAUGGAGAUCAGUUAUUCCAUGAUCCAGUUCAAAUUGUUCAUAGCUCCCUGCUAUUUCAUAAUUUCUUGACUCUAGUGAGACUUAUUAUCAUUGCAGAGGGGAUAAAAUUUUAAUUACGGCCCAUGAUAUAAUAUAGCAUGGGCCAACUACCUGUUUCAAUAAAUGACAAAGUAGAAACUUGAUAUCACUGUUAUAAUCGAGAAAAUUAAAUAAAACAGUAAAAUUAUGGCAAAAUUAAGGGCUGCCCCCAACACAUCCUGAGGUUGUGUAUGUUGUUAACACAAUGUAUUUCACCAUAUCCUUUGAUGUACAUGUGAUAAUAAAUAAAUCUGAAUCCAGGACACGACAUGUGGAGAGAGGAAUAGAGUUAGGGUUUCAGGCUAAAGACAUUUCAGCUUUUAUGUUUUCUUUCAGCUGUCCAGCAGGUACAAGAUUUUGGCCUUGCUUUCAAACUGAUGUUUUAACAAUAUAGAGUCAAGCAAUACCUAAUUCUUAAACAUAAUGAUUUUAGCAAAAUAGUUUUAAUUGAGGGUGACUUGAAUGGAAACAAUGAUUUGUUUAUUUUUUUUAUUUACAUUUUAUUUUCUCAAAUAUCUUAGCCAUUAUUACUUUCAUGGCUUUUGAUAUCUUCAGUAACAGGAAAGAACUGAAAAUGCUGUGAGUAAAUGGCAGAUCUGUCAGAAUAUGCAGAAAGAAAGGAAUGGUUAAUAACUUGAUAUACAGUGGAUUCCAGUUAAUUAGAUACAUCAGGACAGAUAUGUUUUGGCACAAUUAAGUGGCUGCCCUAAUUAUCUAAAGUUUCAUAGUUAAAAAAGUAUAAAAAGACAAACAACCAUUUGAGUAAUAAAUUAUGUAUUCAAAUGAAAUGCAAAACAAAUUAGAACACAACCAAAGCUACUACAGUACUUUAAAACUGUAUAUUAAUUCAUAUUGGUUACCGAUGGAGGCAUUCAGCGAGUGUACUCCUGAUGUAUACAGUGAUGUAUUCUUUUGAACAGAAUCUGCGCAGAUACCUAGUGCAGAUAAUUGACUUCCUUCAUUGCUGUCCUGCAUGAAGUAAUGUCGUAAACCAACAAUAAACUCCCUGGUGUCCUGUGUAGUUACUAGUUCAAGUUCAGUUAUGUCAUCUCAUCACUUGUCUUCAUAUUCCCCCUGCCCACUCACCCACCUUGAUGUUUUGAUACAAUGCUUUCAACCAUUACAUCCCCCAAAUCUUCAUUUUCAUUGUAACAUUCAAGAUGAUUAUCGAUACUUUCAAUUUAUGUGUAGUUGCUAACUUUUUCAAGUAAUGAAAUCAUUUCAUUUUUACUCCCACCCAUUUCCAGCAUCUGAGUCUGAAUAAUUGAAACAGCAGUAAGCAAAACAAUCCUCAAUUGUCUUACUGCUUAUUUCUUGGCAACUAUCACUGAUAAACUAUACUGCCUGUAAAAGGGUAACCCCUGCACUCACCUCCUUAGCCAUUGAAGAAGCUGUCAGUAGAUUAUCUUCAUUUGCUUUGAGAAUGUGGUUCAGCAACUUUCUGUGAUACGUCUUUAAUUUUUUUUUAUCAUUCCCAUUUCCAUUGGCUGUACCAAGGCUGUGUUGGCAGGUAGAAAUUCCUGCUGGAUGUUUCCCAAACAUUCUGCAAUAGGAUGUGCUGCACAAUUGUCAACAAGCGGAAGAAUUUUGCUUGAUUUCUGCUGUAGCCCCAUAUCCCAACUCAUCAGCCAUUUUUUGAGAAGUUUGGAAGUCACCCAUGCAUUUCUAUGACCAUAGUACUUCACUGGUAAACUAUCCAUUCCUAAGCCCUUAAACAAAGGUUAAACAUAAUUAUGCAAUCUAUUGCUUUCUUUGAACCUGAUAGUGUUGCCAGUCUCUAACAAAAAAGAACCAUCCAGCAUGGCACAGUUUUUUGGCAUUAUAGAUAUCAUCUGCACAGCAUUUUUGAAGCAAGUUGGGAAGAUUUGUAGAAUUCCAUGUGUCUGCACUUGCAGCAUCAGCACUACCUUUCUUGCUCUGUGCCUUCUUGAAUUUAUUGUGUUUCCUUCGAGACAGCCAUCUGUUGCGUUAAAAUCUUCAUGACCCAGCUUCUUAGCUAGCUCCUCUGACCUGUUUUUUAACAUUGGUCCACUGAUAUGCACACUUCGUCCAGUUACUAUUGUCUUCAACAUCUGGAUCUUUACCUUCAUGCUUUCCUUUUUGGGACGUUUCUUGUUUUCCCUUGCAUAAUGCCCAUUCUUCUCAGGGUUUAUCUUGCUGCUGUGUCAAGCAUGCAGUUCUAGAUUUUGGCACUCCAGUUAUCCCUGCCAAUUGAUGAUGACUGGUAUCAGGCAGAUGGCUUUUAAUUUGGUCUAUUAGGAUAAUUUUUUUUUAGCUGGUGUCAAAUCUUCUCAUCUUGGCAAGGGUAUCAAUUUUUUUAGGUCAAAAAGGUUAUCAAAAAUUACUGCUUUAUGAAUUGGUGUCUGUUGACCCAAAUGGAUAACAUAACGCAAGCACAUGCAACUAACCCAACUGUUUGCUAUAAGCACAGGGUAGUGUCUAACGGCCACACAAGUGCGCGUGACUGAUUGUCAUCUACUCCAAUUAAGUGGCAUAGUGUCACAGAUAAAGAGAAUUCUGGCUAUUUUCUUGAUUUAUUUUUGUUCCUUAAGAGUUAUCCCAAAUAAGCGGCUUCCCCAAUUAAUCAAUGGCCUACUUGACCAGAAUCCAUUGUAUUUCAUUUAUUAUUUGAACGGUUUCAGUGCUUUUAUUUCAAAUAUAAAGCUAUUGAGCAGCUUUUCUGCAAAUUAAUCUAUCAAUUUAUUUAUAAUUGAGUAGACCUUCCUCAAAUCACCCUUCAUCUCCACCCCGGUAAACCUUUCUUUUUCUGCAGUUUUGUGGAUUAUUUAUACUUGCUGUUGACCAACCCUGGCAAAGAAUUAAGUCUUUCCGAUUGUCGCCAUCUAUCUGUCACAGUUCUAUCAUAGUUCGUUUUGAACAAGCACAAUAUUACCACAUUUACAAUUUAUUAAUGGAUAUGAGGUACACGUGGUUUCUAUAAAUGUGACCAAGCUGCAAGUCUGAAUGAGGAUAUCACUGCCUUGGCUGCAAUUUAUUACUCAUCCCUCAUUACACCUAAACUGGUGUGCAGUUAGUCCUUGAAGGGCUUGGAAUCAGUCAGAGGAUAACUGUUCCCUGAAGAAUAUUUGUGAAUCAGAGGAUUUUUUACAACAAUAAAGUCAUUUUGUGGUCAGCAUUAGUGAUAUCUUUUCAUUUCAGAUAUAAUUAAGUAAUUUAAAUUCACUCAGUGCCAGAAUGAAAUUUGAAUACAAACUCUGGGUCAGUGAUAUAGGCCUUUAGAUUCUAAUACACUAAUUGAAUUACUAUACUGUCAUAACCUCGAGUAACUAUUUAUCUCUAUUCAUUUCCCUCAUCACAUGAGCAAACUUCAGAAAUUGAUUUAAAAAUGGCAAUUAACAUAAUGUUACAUAACUAUAUUACAACAUUUUUAGAAUUACCAGUGGAACAAUGCACUCCCUUUUUAAUCAAAAAUACUUUAGUUGAGAAUUAUUAUCUUUAGCCUCUGCAGUUGAAAUUCUAGAACUGCAGCAAUGUCUUUAAAUGGAAAUUGAGCUUCCUUUACCAGCAAGCGAAAUAGAACGAGCUUCGAUGUAGACAACACCAAGUUAACUACUGGCCACUGAAGUUAAUUUAUUGCCUGUCUAUACCUUUCCAUUGAAGUAUUAACACAGUUGUGGAGAAAAUUAUAGAUUAAGCACUAAAAUGGAACUUUUUGAGUGGUACCCUUUUUUUGUUGUUUAAGCAAAAGAGCACACUGUAAUCAAUACUUCUUAAUUCAUUUUAGUAGAGUCUGGCUUGUCUCUCUUCCGGGUUCUUUUUUUAAUCAAUGGAAUAGGAUGUGUUUUCUACAUCUGGUAUAUAUAAGAACAAACUUGUGUUGGAAAGAUCUAACCUCAGUUGAAACCAACUGGCAAGCAGAUUAUCAUAAAAUUCCACACAGGUCAUUAUUUCAGGAAUUUAACCCAGCGAGAGUUAAUUGAGAAGUUGCUUUGAGCUAAACUCACAUCAUCUCUCAGGUUAAACUUUAACCUAGAAUGCACAAAGAAAGUUCCCUGUAAAUUAGAUUUAGAUAUUUGUUCUAUACACACAGAAAACAAGUAAGAAACAGUUUGUUAUUUAAGUAGAAAUGGGAAAUUUGGUGAAGUGGUUUUAUUGGAAAGUGCAGAUAGUUUAGUUAUUCUAUAUAUGAUGCAAAUUAUUGACAAUAGAUGGAAAUUGUAAUUCAACUAUGAUUCUGUAAGGAGGAGCUUGUGUAAGCUUCAGUAGAUCACAAAAUAUUAUUUCAACAUUUGGUGUAUUACACUUCCUUACUAAGUUGCUCUAUUUACUAGUUACACACUUCAAUUUUACUCAAUUUUAGUUUUAUACAAAUAUUCCACUAAUAUUUCAAUUCUACUUUUUCCAGUUAGAUAUUAAUAUAAAGGAUCUUGUGUGUGUGUGUUUGUGCAUUCCAUGUUUUAUCAGUCAAAAAAAAUUAUUCAAUUUUUUUGUUACCAUUUAGUAAAAUGAUCAAGUAAGAAAAUAUUGAUUAGAUUAAUUGCCAUCCAAAUGCCACUUUGCAGUAGCAUGAGCAAAUAUUUUAAUUAUUUUCUAAUAUGCUUUGGAAAAUAUACAAUCAAUGGGAUUUCAAUUUCUGGACACAAGGACUUUUGGUGGCAUUUUCCAUGGCUGUUCUACUCUUGCAUGGAAUAGCAUGGAAGUACUGUAUACUGGAAGCUUUUGUUUACACAGGCUAUGCUGGUUGCUACUUUGUGACUGAAGUCAGGAUUCACUGUGGAAUCCCUGAUUCUGUUUGGCUGUUCAGUGAUUAUAGCUGCUUUGGGUAGGAUGUUUGCUCAGGAGAGGUAAACAUCAUGAAAACAGAGCUUAUGAUCAGUGGGAGACGGGACACUUCGCUCUUUGUUACUCUAGAUUUUCUUGUCCAUCUUCAAACAUGUGGAUUAAAAAUAACCAUGAAAGCAAACUUUAAUCAUCUUCAUCAUAACAUAUAGUAUCAAAUGAGUAUACUGUACUCAAAAUUAUACAUUUGAACAUGUGUUCUGGAAUUGUAUUUGUGGUUCUGAGGUAGUGAAAGAAUUUGAUAUCCUGGCUGAGGAUCUGCUUUUAACUGAACUAUUUCAUUCCAGUAAAUGAGCUUUAUAACACAUAGACUGGAUAAUGCUUCGACUAAAACAAGUGGCAGGAAAUUCAGAGAACAGCAGUAAGUGUUCAUACUGGACUACUUCAGGCUCUGUGCUUUUAAUUAUAUCUAAAGAAUUAUGAAUUUGUGAGUUACAACAUUAACAAUUAACAGCGGUUGGAAAUAUUCCUAGAAAUAACAACAGGAUGGGUAAUGAAUUUGAAUUAUUUUUCUUGCUUCAAAUGGGUUAGUAGCUACAGUACAAACUCUUAAUGAAAUUGUAAUGCUGGUCACAGUGGUAUGUGAAGUGGAAGAAUGUAUAUUUCCGUACAGGGAUUGGUGUUAGGAUAACAGAAACAACCAUUGCGAAUUUUGGCCACAGAGUAAUAACAGUGGGAAUUUUUGUAUUUUCCAGCACACAGGAGGCUUUUGUUCAGAAACCCAAAACUUUUUUAAAAAAAAUAAUAAACAAUAUUGUCACUUUAAAUUGUGGCAUGAAUGCAAAAUUACUGUUUUGAAAUUGUGGUAUACUAUUGGCUUAGUACAAGACAAAAGCAAUGUUUGACAAGUAAUAACACUUUCUCCAUGUGCUACUAGUAACAAAGUAUUAAAACUGAUUUACAACGUUGCUAACUUAAGCAGACGAAAGAAAUCUCUUCUCAUAAAUAACUGAUUACUCAUCCAUAAUUAUCUUUCAUGACAAAUUGUUGGACUGUAAGAAUUAUUUGAUAUUUUAAUUGCUUAUUUAUUUUGGAGAUCAGCAGAACAAGAACUAUGAUCCCAAAAUUUUAAAAUAAGAUGGAUGACUGGACAAAAAGUAUGAUUUGUUUUCUUUCAUCUAGAAUAUAGAACAAAUUGUUUGAUUGUACUUUGUUCCAGUCUCACUUGUAUAAAGACUUUGUCUACUUGAAAUGAAUUGAAAUCAGUAUGGAAACUUUCAAUUAUCUUAAGACCAUUUGAUUUAGGUCUACACUGGUACCACCUAUUUAUUAAAUUCAGUGGAUUCCAGUUAAUUAGGACACAUUGGGACCAGUACAUUUUGGCCCAAUUAAGCAGCAGCCCCAAUUAGCCAAGUUUCAUGGAGAUAGUUAAAAAGGUAUAAAAAGACAAACUACCAUUUAACUGAGUAACAAAUAAUAUAUUUAGAUGAAAUGCAGACAAAUUAGAACACAAUCUAACUACUACAGUGCUAAAAACCUGUAUUAGUUUGUAUUGGUUACUGACGGAGCAAUUCAAUGAGUGCACGCUGGUGUAUUCUUUUGAUUGAUUGUAAAUCAGCGCAGACACCUAGUGUAGAUAGAUAAUGUUCUACCUUCAUACAAUGCUUUUGAAGAAUGCAUCUUCCAAAUCUUCAUUUUCAUUGAAACAGUCAAGAUGAUUGCCAAUUCCUUCAAAAUCUGAAGUUAGUUCCUAACUUGAAGUAGUGAAAUUGUUUAAUUUUCACUCCUCUCUGUUUCUCGCAUCUUCAAGCUUGAAUGCUUAAAAUCACAAUAAGCAAUGCAGAUCUGAAUUGUCUAACUGCUUAUUUCUCACUACCAAUGACAAAAAUUACUGUUUUUUGAACACAAAAGCACGCAACUGGUGCUAUUUAAAAACUUCUCUCUAUGUGUAGUGUAGUGUCUAAUGGGCACGCAAGUGCACGAGAGUGACACUAGUUAGAAACUGUUCAGCAACAGUCUCCUGUCCCAAUUUAGCAGCAUAGUGUCCCAAAUAAACAAAGGGAAUCCCAGCUAUUUUCUCAAUUAGUUUUUUUUUGUUCUGUAAGAGUUGUCCCAAAUAAGCAGCUCCCUGAUUAACUGAUGGCCCAAUUAACCAGAAUCUACUGUAUUCAAAAAUGAGAGUGUUAAUUGUUUUUCCUUAAAUUUUCACCAUAGUGAUUGAGAAUUAAGCAUACUAUAUCACAGAUGGCAUGUACAGAUGUUUCUGUGGAGUUAAUAUAAAAAACAUGUUUUUGUGCAUUUAAAAUUAACAAUGUAAAAUUUCACUUUUGGUUCUUAGCUCUAGGCAGGUAGAAUACCAACCAGCCUAUGCAUAUAAGAACGCAAACAUUUUCAGUGUACUAGUAUUUCAUUUGUCCUGAUGAUUGUAUAUUGUAACUUUGGGUGGUGAUCUUGGAUAAAUACUAACAUAAUUAAGCAGGUAUACUGGUAUGUCAUGUGCCAUUAUCAAAGUCAUCACUGUACCUAUGAAGCCUUAUCCUUUGAACUCCACAUGGCUUUGAAUUUGUUCCUUUGGAAUUACUGCCCUGGGUUUAGUUAAACUUCCUCCAUUCAACAAAGCCAGAAGCAGCAAAUGUAGUACUUUCCCAAAAGAACAAAAGGUAAAUAACAAAGGAAAGUGUAUGUUCCUUUGAUUACCAUGUUGAUUUGGCAAUGUGCUUGGAUUGUGGUUUGGAUUAUAAUUUUUAAUAUUUUGAUUGCAUUAUCACAGUUAAUAUUAUGGUACUAUACAGAUUAGCUAGCAUAAGCCUACAUCCUAGAAAUUUUUAACUUGUCAUAAAUCUUGCAGAUGUUUAUUUUCCUUGUGUGCAUUGAAAACUCCCAAGUUACUUUGUUUGCAAAGGCAAAUGGAUUUUAUAGUUUCAUAAGCUGCAUGCUUUUAUUAGAUCAUGAGCAGGACACUCAAAUCAUUUAGGACUUUAAUCUGGAGGAAAACUACAUAGCUAAACAUGAAAUGCACCAAUAUUCAUUUCAUUUUUAAGUUAACGGAGGACCCCCCCCCAAAAAAAACCUUACUAUAUAAUCCUUGGUUCUUGUAUACUGCCAUUAAUUUAUACCAUUAACCAGAUCAGACUAAUUUUCAGCUGUAAUAUUUAAUUGCCCACAUAAAAUAAAGGUGUAUUUAUGAAUAAAAUGGCAGAGGUAUGCAAAAUAAUCACAACCAAAGUUGGUCAAUGUGAUAGGUCCACAAAAACAUGGACCUCUUGCCAGCCAAUUCUGUAUUUUCCUUUCAACACAGUGCUUGUGAGAAAUGAUGAAACUAAUUAGAAAGCUAACAUCUGUACUUCCUGUUUGUGAAGCUUGUUAAAAUAUACAAAGACUAUAUUCUGCAACUGCCAUUUACUUGUUAACAUUUUGUUUUGAAAAUGUGCCUUAUUUAUAACCUUAAUGUUUUAGAGAAUUAAUGUAUACACACAUAGGAGAAGUGUUAUUUCUGUAAGUAUUGUAAUAUAAAGACUAUAAGCCAAAAUGUAUGACAUUUGUUUGUUCAUUCAGCGUGAUUUGCAAAUAUAGAAACCUCAACAGUAGAAUCUUUGUAAAUUUAUAAACUACCUUACAGGGUUUUCUUUUUAUAUAUGUUAAAAAGCAGAGGAAAGUGACUUUGAGGUUGAGAUUAAAUAUUCAAAUUAUUCUUUGAACUGGACAGAUUUGUAUAUUAAGUGAGAAGCUCCACCAUAGUCAUGUAACACUUUACAGUGUUAUUUAUAGGUAAGAGGGCCUUUUUUUAUUAUUGUUAAAGUAUGCGUGAUUCAGAUGUAACAGUCUGUCCAAAAUGACUAACUUGAUGAAAAGUUGACAUUUCUUUUUCACAGUAAUUCUUGCUCUAUGCAAAAUCAAUGGCGCCAUCUCUGAAAAGUGUGAUCUACUGUAAACAACUCAAACUGCGCAAGUUUUUAUUGUAAUUAUUAAUGGUUUUAAAACAUGGAAAUGUUUUAAAAUAAAACUUAUAUGCUGGUUUUGGUUGCUGAAAAUAAUCAUUGGUGUGAAAUAUGCUGUUUAUUUGUGUUAGCAUGGCUUUGCAUACACUCUUUUUGAAAUUAAAUAAAAAAUUUUAA